CCUCCCACCACAAAAUUCUCAGUCUCAAACCCCCCACCCCCAGCUGACGCAAUUCUCUCUCUCUGUAUAUUUAUAUAUAUAUAUUAUAUAUAUGCUCGAAACAAAAAGUGGAGAGAAUACAAACCCUAACUCAACUUUGAUAGCAUUGAAGCCUCGGCAGGUGAUGCUCGCAGAGCAGAACGCGAAGAAGACGAUGACGAAGAACGACCACAACAAAACCCUAACCCUAAAACCCAACCAGAAGGCUCCUCUUCUCCACUCCGUCCUUCGGUACCUUGAGCACAAUUGCUUCUCCAAAGCCCUCAAACGUCUUCUAUCCGAAGCUCAAAUUGAGGAUGACAGUUGGAAGACUUGUUCAAUGGAUUUGGAAGAUAUGUACUGCAAGUAUUUGGAGACAUGUGGUCAUGCAGAUGUAAAUUUCAACACUUACAAGGAGCAGGAAUUACUAAAGGAUGCCAUUACCAAGAAAGAUGGUGAUACUAACUGUGCUGCCUCUGAGAAAACUAUUAGUAAAAAGAAGAAAAAGAAAAGUGAUGAGAGUGACGUGAAUGCCGCAGCAGAUCAAUCUGGGGCUGCCGAAAAAAUUAAUCAAUCUACUAACAUGUGUGAGAAGAUAGCAGCAAAUGAUUUAGUCAUCGAAUCAAAACGAAAAUCGAAAAGGAUUCUUGAUUCCUUAGGUCAAGCUGAACAAGUCAGCUCUGAAGCUUUGAAGAAGCAUGUUGAUGAUACAGGUUGUGAACUACAGAUGGAUGAAUCCAACAUUAAAUGUAAGGGAAAUAAGAAAAAGAAAAGUACACUAGCCUCUGGAUCUCUUGAUGGUAGUGUAGAACAAGAAAAAUUAGAUUCAUUGCCAGAGGCGAUGGAUUUAGUAUCUUCAAAAGGUGACAAUAUAAUUGAUUCUGAGUCAAAAGUUAAAUCUAGAGAUAAGAAGAAGAAAAACAAGCUAAAUGUUGUUUCUCAUGCUGAACAUGUUGAGGAACCUGGCGUGGAGAAUAAACAGGGGGCUAUGGCAGAGAAGCUUGUUGAUGGUGAUGUAGAACAAGAAAAAAUAGAGUCAUUGUCGGGGGCGAUGGAUUUAGCAUCUUCAAAAGGUGACAAUAUAAUUGAUUCUGAGUCAAAUGUUAAAUCUAGAGAUAAGAAGAAGAAGAAAAACAAGGUAACUGUUAUUUCUCAUGCUGAAAAUGUUGAGGAACCUGGCUUGGAGGAUAAGCAGGGGGCUACGGCAGAGAAGCUUGUUGAUGAUUCCGCAUUGGGGAAUAUUCCUGACAUCCCGUUGGAGGGCAACAAAGUUAAAACCAAAGAUAGGAAGAGAAAGAAAGAUGGUGCAGUCUCUCAAGAGUUCAUGGAAGCAAUUGACAAAGAAAAUCCAAUAAUUAAUGAAUCUACAAAGGAAUGGUUUCAGACACCAGAGAAUGCAGCCAACAAAGAAAAAAAGCAUUCCAAGAAAAGAAAAAGAUUAGCUUCUGUUGAACAUGAGCAUCAGCCUGUUGAGGAAGUAGCAACUGAAGACUCCAAACGCAGAAAAACUGAAGGUUUGGAAGAAGCGAAGAGUAAUGAGCAAAUUACGAAGGUGAAUCCAAUCCUGGGAGGUGAUGGACAUGCAGGCGAAGAAAGUAAAGGGGAAAUUGGCCAAGUUGGUCGCGAUGACUUGAAGAAGGCAUUGUAUAAGCAUGCAAUUGGGAAGCUUGAGAAGAAUGGGGAGGAGAAAUCUGCCUUGCAGAAAACGACGAUGAAAGAACGAAAUGGUUCCGCUGAGCCAAAGACAGUGAAUGCAUUUCAAAGAGUGAAAGUUGAUGAGGUUGAAUUUGCAGAUGACAGGCUUCAAAAUAAUUCCUACUGGGCCAAGGGUGGCGCAGAGAUUGGCUAUGGUGCAAAAGCACAGGAAGUUCUCGGGCAGGUUAGAGGAAGGGACUUCCGUCAUGAAAAGACCAAGAAGAAGCGUGGUAGCUACAGAGGAGGUCAGAUUGAUCUGCAAUCCCAUUCAGUAAAGUUCAAUUAUUCUGAUGAAGAAUGAUUGGCAACUAAUUUGUGGGUGAAGCAUUCUUUGCUUUUUUGCUGCUGCUGGUUGAUUUUGAACUCAAAUACCUUGCAUCAUUUUUGUGAGAUUAAUGUAACAAUUCUUACGUGGUUCUCCAUGACAUGAGUUGAUUCAAAGAAUUAUAUAAAAUUUAAUAUAUUUCUCCCUUAAAAA